CUUCAUCGUCCUCAGCGGCCUCGACCCCUUCCACCCGGUGCGCUGGAUCUCGAAUUCUGUCAAUGAUUUAUAUAGCUCCUAUGUCAUCUUCUGCAUCUUCCUGAUGUCUCUGGUGCUACUGGUAAUAAGCAUCUUCAAUGCUGAAUUUUAUGCAGUUGUGCCAUCAAUACCCUGCUCUCGAUUAGCACUGAUUGGAAAGAUUAUUCACCCUCAUCAAGUUAUCCAUUCAAUUGUUCAUGCUGCAAUGGGGAUCUUGUUUGCAUGGUGUGCUGCAGUGAUGACAAAAGGAAGGUUCCAGUUUCUCACUGUGCCCUGCACACCCUCAGACAGCCUAGAUGAUGUUGUCCCUCAGAUGUGCCUAAAUGAAUAUCACCUCUUUUUUCUUCUUUCUGGAGCCUUCAUGGGAUACAGUUACAGCCUUUUCUAUUUUAUUAAUAAUAUGAAUUAUUUGCCAUUUCCAAUCAUACAGCAAUACAAGUACCUGCGUUUCAGAAGAUCUUUGCCUCUGCUGGUUAAACACAGUUGUGUGGAAUCCCUCUAUUUUGUUAGGAACUUCUGUGUCACAUACUACUUUUUUGGUUAUAUCCCAAAGGCAUGGAUAAGUACCACAAUGGAUCUUCAUACAGACAGUAAAUUACAUCCUCUUGACGCUCUGUCUGGAUUAUUGGAUCUCUCCUUGUUUUACCAUGCUUGGUUAUGUGGCAUCUUCCUUCUGAUUACCUGGCACAUUGCCUGGUUGCUCUUCAAAAUCUAUGCUACAGAGACACAUCACUUUCCGGUCCAGCCAACUUUUGCUGAGGAAACAGACCAGUGCCUGCCUAAAAUCCUGAACAGCAACCCUCCCCUCAUUAUAAAGUUUUUAGCCUUACAAGACUUGAUGUUACUUUCCCAGUACUCUCCUGUUCGACGACAGGAAGUCUUUAGCCUUAGUCAGCCAGGUGGGCACCCACACAACUGGACUGCAAUAUCAAGGGAGUGCUUGAGUCUUCUGAGUGAUCUGACCCAGAGGCUGAUUGCACAGCAGGAAGCUGCUGCAGCAAAUGGCAGAGCAAAGCAGCCAGCGGGGGAGCUGAAAGUAUCUCCACAGACUCCAGGGGCCCUUGUGCCAGAACUCGUGUCCUUCCAGUCCCAGAGAUCUCAUGUUGUUCUCAGAGCCUCCAUGUCUUCGCUGGUUAAAUCACCCCUGAUGCCCUUAAAGACAUCGCCUGGCUCUAAUGUUGGUUCACCUUUCAGCUCACCUGCUUUAAACUCCAAGAUGGGAACUCUGGAUGUAAACUCUUCUUGGCAUGGCUCAGGCCAAAGCCCUCAUGUUGUGAGAAGGGGACCAAAACUGUGGACGUCAGGUUCAGAUCUGCAAAUGAAUGGUUCCCACCACGAAUCCAGCUCAGUGCUCUCUGCUCCAAGAGCUGGAAGUGAGGCAGUACAGCCAAGAUUUAUUUACACAUGGUUUCAGAACAAGCAAGAACAGAUCAAGAACUUCCUGUCCAGACGAGUACUGAUAAUGUACUUCUUCAGCAAGCACACAGAAGCCUCCAUCCAAGCUGUCUUCUCUGAUGCCCAAAUGCACAUCUGGGCUUUGGAAGGUCUGUCUCAUUUGGUAGCAGCCUCCUUUACUGAAGACCAUUUUGGAGUUGUCCAAACUACACUGCCAGCUAUCCUGAAUACUUUACUGACACUUCAGGAGGUUGUAGACAGACAUUUCAAACUGCCUCACGUUUCUAGCAAACCCCCCAGGGUUUCAGGCAGCCUGGUGGACACAUCCUACAAAACACUACGGUUUGCACUCCGAGCAGCUCUGAAAACAGCCCUGUACCGGAUAACCACUGUCUUUGGAGAGCAUCUGAAUGCAGUGCAAGUGUCUGCAGAACACAAGAAAAGACUUCAGCAAUUCUUGGAGUACAAAGAAUGACAGAUUUUGAUGGCAGCUACGGUUUGGUGCUUUGGGGUUUUAUCAGCACUUGGUAAGAAGAAAGUGGGA